AUGGCUGAGUUUAAUGGUAGAUCAAUUCAGGGUUUUUUCAGCAAUUACUAUGAUUUGUAUGACACUUAUAAAACUGAAUGCUUUUUUCUUUCCUAUUUAAAGGAAGAGCCAAGGCUGGAUGUCCUGAUAAAUAAUGCAGGGAUAUUCCAGUGUCCAUACAUGAAGACAGAGGAUGGUUUUGAGAUGCAAUUUGGUGUGAACCACUUGGGUCACUUCUUGCUCACCAACCUUCUUCUGGGCCUCCUCAAAAAUUCUGCUCCGAGCAGGAUUGUGGUAGUAUCCUCAAAGCUUUACAAAUACGGAGAGAUCAACUUUGAAGACUUGAACAGUGAAAUAAGUUACAAUAAAAGCUUUUGUUACAGUCGGAGUAAACUGGCUAACAUAUUAUUUGCAAGGGAGCUGGCCCGUCGGUUAGAAGGGACAGGAGUCACCGUCAAUUCACUUCAUCCUGGGAUUGUCAGAACAAAUCUAGGCAGAUACGUGAAUAUUCCUUUGCUGGCAAAACCCCUGUUCAACUUGGUGUCCUGGGCUUUCUUCAAAACACCUCUGGAAGGAGCCCAGACUUCUAUUUAUUUGGCCUCUUCUCCUGAUGUCGAAGGCGUGUCAGGAAAAUAUUUUGGGGACUGCAAAGAGGAGGAGCUGCUGCCCAAAGCCAUGGAUGACUUGGUUGCAAGAAAGUUGUGGGAUAUUAGUGAAGUGAUGGUUGGUUUAUUGAAAUAAGUGCCAGAGGGUAUCUGCUAAAAGAAUGCAGAUAACUUCAACACAUGUUUCCAGUGAUGCAGUCCUCACUUGAAAUGCU